AUGGAGGAGGGCACCGAGCUGUCCGGGACCAUCGCCCGGGUGGUCCAGCGGCUCAGGGGGAGCCAUUUGCACUCCCAGAUAGAGAGGCAAGCCAAAGACUGUUUACAUCGACCCGAGAUCAAACUGGAGUCUCUGAAAGAGGACGUGAGGAGUUUCCUUAAGUCGUCAGGCUGGGAGAAAAAGCUGCAGAAUGCCGUGUACAGGGAGCUGCACAUCCAGCCGCCCGCCGGCCGGCCCCCGGCUCCUCCGGAGCAUCUCAAAGAGCCGCUGGCCUACAUGCGCAGGGCUCAGGCCAGCUGGGAGAGGCGCGUUCUGAAAAGCCUGAACAGCAUGAGCGCCGAGCUGGGAGUGCCUCUGGCUCGGAUGGCCGUGCGGGCGGCGGCGUGCGGGACCCCGCGUUGCCCGGGCAACACGGCGCCCGCUCAGCCGCUCCCUUCUGCUCCACAGAGGCCGGCGGCCGAGCAGCAGGAGCUGGCCAGCAAGUGGAACGAGAUGGGCACCGACGAACCAGAUCUCAGCCGCUUCCGGCCCGUUUACGCCCCCAAAGACUUCCUGGAGGUUUUAGUCAGUUUGAGGAACCCGAACCACGACAGCAGCGAGGACGUGGGCGCCAAAAGCCACUGGGGUCUCGUCCACGUCCCCCUCAAUGUCAGGGACAUCCCACAGCUGAGGCAGGCGUACGCGGAGCUGAACCUGAACGCGGGGCAGCUGGGGAUAGACGACCACGUCCACCCAGAUUUGUUUGAAAACGAGUACGUUCAAAUCGGGAAAAAAGAUGGAUCGUCUGACCGGCGCUCGCCGCCCAACGGCCGGCGGAUUCGCUCUGAUGUGACCUACUACGAGCAGCUGAAGGCGGGAGUCAUCCAGCACGACCUGCUGGUAGACAACCUGAUCUACAAGGACGUGAAGCUGACGGCCAGCAAUGACGACUACUACUUCGUGUUUGAGGACUUUCUAUAUCAGGUGCUGCUGUGUUUCUCCCGGGACACGGCCGUCCUGGAGCACUUCAAGUACAACAGCGCCACUCCCCCCAAGUCCUACGUCCACGGGAAAGUGGGGGACGAGCAGUGUGCCGUGGUUUACCCCCCCAACGGUGUGAUCCCCUUCCACGGCUUUUCCAUGUACGGUGAGUGUGCGUCUCACCGUUUGGAGCCACACAGCGAGACGAUAGAGGCCGCCCCCCUUCAUCCGUGCACGUGUUUCCCCCCAGUGGCGCCUUUGUGCUUCCUGUACAACGAGCCCUCCAAACUGUACAGCGUCUUCAGGGAGAUGUACAUCCGCUACUUCUUCAGGCUGCACUCCAUCUCCUCCUCUCUGUCGGGCAUCGUCUCUCUGUGCCUGCAGUUCGAGCGGCUGCUCCAGGCCCACCUCCCCCAGCUCUUCUACCACCUUCGGCAGAUCGGGGCGCAGCCGUGA